UAGAAUGUGGGGUUUUUCACCCGUAUGGGUUUCCUCACAAUAAUCACUGUGUUAUGUGUUUAUUGUUUUAUUUCUACUCUAUGUACUUCUUGUAAUCUUAAUAUUUAAGUUGAAAUUUGCAUAAUCGUCCUCUCAAAAUUAGCGUAGGCAACGUUUCCGCACACUUUGCUUCCUUACACUUCCUUCCUCUCUCACACACAACAAUCAACUUGAGCUCCCUCUUUGUGCAGAAGAAGAAAAGGCAGACAGCCAUGGAAGCCGAGCUCAAGCUUUACAUCAUAUUUUCAUUUGCCCAGCCCAUGGCCCUCAAGGCCGCCGUGUUACUCAACAUUCCAGCAAUCCUCGCCAAUUCUGAGGAGCCUCUCUCCGUCCCUGAAAUUGCCUCCCUCAUUUCUUCCUCCACCGAAAAAUCUCCCAACUCAGACUACCUCGCCAGAAUUCUCAGAUUCCUCUCCUCUCACGGAGUAUUUGUCCAGACAGUCGUCAUCACCAACAGCGGAGACGAUGUGAAAAAAACAUACAAAUACGGAUCGACGAGCAUUUCAAAAUUACUGGUGGAAGAGAAAGGGGGGAAAUCGAAAUCCUCAGCGGCUCUUCUGUUGAUGGAAACGAACCGCGAUUUCAUGGAAGCGUGGCAUCACUUGUACGACUGCACACUCAUGGGCGGGUCUCCAUUUGAGAGGGCUCAUGGAAUGAAGAUCUGGGAUUAUGCCAAUCUCAAUCCUCAUUUCAGUAGCCUGAUCAACGAUGCCAUGGCCAGCAACUCUGCAGUGGUAAUGGAUGCGCUCUUCCAAACUUACGAGGGCUUUGAGGGCGUCACAUCAGUGGUGGAUGUGGCUGGAGGCGUGGGUUCAGCUGCUUCCAUGAUCGUGCACAAAUACCCAAACAUUCGUGCCAUUAAUUUUGAUUUGCCCCAUGUCAUUGCCUCUGCUCCCAAAGACAUUCCUGGGGUUGAUCAUGUUGCUGGAAACAUGUUUGAGAGUGUGCCAUCUGCUGAUGUAGUUCUUUUGAAGUGGGUUUUACAUGAUUGGGAUGAUGAAGAAUCCAUUAGAUUGUUGAAGAAUUGUUACAAGGCGAUUCCAGAGAAAGGGAAGGUGAUCAUUAUUGAUGCAGUUGUGGAAGGAAAUGGAUUUUUGAAGAAGCAAGGAUUGGCUUUUGAUAUGUUCAUGAUGGCUCAUACUCAUGGAGGAAAGGAAAGAACUGAAGAAGAAUAUAAGAUUUUAUCUCAAGCUGCUGGAUUCAAACGUUAUAAUAUUAUUAAAUUACCAUUUGUCCAAGCAAUUGUAGAGUUGAUUAAGUCCUAA